AUGCUCCACGCCCUGGGCAGCUGGAGGAGCAACUGUGCGUGCGCUGCGGAGGGCCGCCGAAUCAUGUCGAUGAGCCCAAAGCAUACGACUCCUUUCUCAGUGUCUGACAUCUUGAGUCCUUUGGAGGAAAGCUACAAGAAAGUGGGCAUGGAGGGCAGUAACUUGGGGGCUCCCUUGUCAGCCUACAGACAGUCGCAGGUUUCUCAGCCGGCCAUGCAGCAGCACCCCAUGGGCCACAACGGAACAGUGACUGCCGCCUACCAUAUGACAGCGGCAGGGGUCCCCCAGCUCUCCCAUGCUACGAUGGGGGGCUACUGCAAUGGGAACCUGGGCAACAUGAGUGAGCUCCCGCCUUACCAGGACACCAUGCGGAACAGCGCUUCGGCGACAGGAUGGUACGGCACCAACCCGGACCCCCGCUUCUCCUCAAUCUCCCGCUUCAUGGCGCCGUCCUCGGGCAUGAACAUGGGCGGCAUGGGCAGCCUCAGCUCCCUGGGGGACGUGAGCAAGAGCAUGGCCCCGCUCCAGAGCACGCCGCGGAGGAAACGGAGGGUCCUUUUUUCCCAGGCCCAGGUUUACGAGCUGGAGAGACGUUUCAAGCAGCAGAAAUACCUCUCCGCCCCUGAGAGGGAACACUUAGCCAGCAUGAUACACCUCACCCCGACUCAGGUCAAAAUCUGGUUCCAGAAUCACCGCUACAAGAUGAAACGCCAGGCCAAAGACAAGGCUGCGCAGCAGCAGAUGCAACAGGAGAACGGCUCUUGCCAGCAGCAGCAGUCUCCCAGAAGGGUGGCAGUGCCAGUGCUUGUAAAGGAUGGCAAGCCCUGCCAAGCAGGCUCCAACACACCCACAGCAGCGAUCCAGAGCCAUCAGCAGCAGGCAGCUACAACAAUCACAGUGGCUACCAAUGGCAACAGCCUCGGACAGCAUCAGAGCCACCAGACAAACAGUGCGGGGCAGUCUCCUGACAUGGGACAGCACUCGGCCAGCCCUUCGUCUCUGCAGAGCCAAGUCUCCAGUUUGUCUCACCUAAACUCUUCUACUUCUGACUAUGGCACUGCCAUGUCUUGCUCCACCUUGCUAUACGGUAGGACCUGGUGA